AUGUCGGAUAACUCACAGGAUAUAAUAAAAGAAGCUGCAGCGGCAGCCGCUGUAACUGGAUCGCUAUUUAGCACAUUUGAUGUAAUCAUGCUUGUUCUUUUGCUGGGAGCAGCUGUUUGGUGGCUAUACAGUUCCAGAAAGGGAAAUAAAAAGGAUGAAAUUCUACUAAGCAAAUAUUCGAUACAGCCCGCUGGUUCCAUACAAAUAACAGAAAACUCAUUCAUUAAAAAACUGCAAUCUUCUGGAAGGAGUCUUGUAGUAUUCUAUGGGUCCCAAACGGGAACUGGAGAGGAAUUUGCUGGCCGCCUUGCUAAGGAAGGCAUUCGGUACAAAAUGAAGGGAAUGGUUGCCGAUCCCGAAGAAUGUGAUAUGGAAGAACUUAUGAAAUUACAAGACAUCCCAAACUCCUUAGCUGUGUUCUGUAUGGCUACAUAUGGAGAAGGAGACCCAACUGACAAUGCUAUGGAGUUCUACGAAUGGUUAAAAAAUGGUGAACCAGAUCUUACUGGUUUAAAUUAUGCGGUGUUUGGUUUAGGGAAUAAAACAUAUGAGCAUUACAAUGCAGUGGCCAUUUAUUUAGAUAAGAGACUUGAAGAACUUGGCGCUACUCGUGUAUUCGAACUUGGAUUGGGGGAUGAUGAUGCCAACAUUGAAGAUGAUUUUAUUACAUGGAAAGACAAAUUUUGGCCAGCUGUUUGUGAAAAGUUUAAUAUUGAGAACACAGGAGAAGAAGAACUUAUAAGACAGUUUCAUCUUGUUACUCAUAAGACUGAUGAAGUUGCCCCUAACCAAAUAUUUACUGGGGAAAUUGCUAGACUGCAUUCAUUACAAGUUCAGAAGCCGCCUUAUGAUGCUAAAAAUCCUUUCCUAGCUGAAAUUAAAGUUAAUAAGGAAUUGCACAAAGGUGGCGGCAGGUCAUGCCUACAUGUAGAACUUGACAUAACAGAUUCAAAGAUGCGAUAUGAAGCUGGGGACCAUGUUGCUAUUUAUCCAAUUAACAGCAGUGAAUUAGUGGAACGUCUUGGAGAACUGACUGGCGCUAAUUUGGAUGAAAUAUUCUCUCUUAUAAAUACUGAUCAAGAAAGUAGUAAAAAGCAUCCCUUCCCAUGCCCAACAUCAUACCGUACAGCACUUUCGCAUUAUUUGGAGAUAACUGCUCUACCUCGUACACACAUUCUCCGAGAACUUGCAGAGUACUGUUCUGAUGAAGAGGAUAAGAAGAAACUCUUACUAAUGGCAACAAAUUCCCAGGAGGGCAAAGCACUUUACCAGACUUUCAUUGUUGAUGCCUGCAGAAAUAUUGUGCAUAUUUUAGAGGACCUUAAGUCCUGUAAACCACCUAUUGAUCAUAUUUGUGAAUUAUUACCACGUCUUCAGCCCAGAUAUUACUCCAUUUCAUCAAGUCCUAAGCUUCAUCCAGAGACAGUUCACAUCACUGCUGUGGUAGUUGAAUACAAAACGCCAACUGGUCGCACGAACAAAGGUGUAGCGACCACAUGGCUGGCGAAACAUAAGCCCGAAGCUGGCAAACCUCUGCCGCGCGUGCCUGUCUUUAUUAGAAAAUCUCAAUUCAGAUUGCCAUUGCAAACUCAGACUCCAAUUGUGAUGGUAGGUCCAGGAACAGGCUUAGCGCCUUUCCGUGGCUUCUUGCAAGAAAGAGCUCACGCUCGUGUUAAUGGAAAAGACGUUGGACCCAACAUUUUGUACUUUGGAUGUAGACACCGUGAUCAAGAUUAUAUUUAUCAAGAAGAAUUGGAAGAAUAUGAAAGGAACGGCGAUGUUAAGCUCAACGUAGCAUUUUCCCGAGAUCAAGCCCAAAAAGUUUAUGUGACUCAUCUUCUUGAAAAAAAUAUGGAUGAACUUUGGGAUAUUAUAGGCAAUCGGAAUGGACAUUUCUACAUCUGCGGUGAUGCUAAGAAUAUGGCUGUGGAUGUUCGUAAUAUUGUAUUGAAAGCUGUACAAGAGAAAGGAGGUCGUACAGAAUCAGAGGCUGUGCAAUUUCUGAAGAAACUUGAAUCCAUGAAGAAAUAUUCUGCAGAUGUAUGGAGU